ACUGAGGUUCCCGCCCUAUCAGAACCCACGAAAUUCCCACUAAAGUGAAAUUCCUUAAAUGCCGAGUUAAAUCUCAAAGUAGUCCUAAACUUGCACUCCGCAUCAAAGUGAUCUAUGAAGUUAAUAAUUACUCAAAUUUGUCUCCGAAAUUGUCCACCGGGACUCAUAGUAGUCCCUAAAAUAAUUUCCGUCCAUCCUUGCCAUUGGAAAGAACUGAAAUGACGUAGUUUUGUAUUUAAAAAAUCCCUUUUGGGUCCCCCUCCCCAACCACGCACUAUUCUUCAACUGGGCCUCCAACCCCAACCCAACCCUAACAACUACUCUCACAUGCGCCACUGUUACGCCGCCAUAACCAACUCCCUUCUCUCUCACUCUCUCUUCUCCCCUGCCCACCACCUCCUCCACCGCUCCAACAACCUCUCCGACUCCUUCAUUUGCAAAUUCAUCAUUGCUCUCGGCAAUCGUGGCGAUAUCAGGCGCACCAUUCACUGGUUCCACAAAGCCAAGAGCUUUUCACAUGGCCGAUGCUUGUUAUUCUGUAACGCUGUCUUGGUUGUUCUUGUAAGAGCCAAUCGGAUCAAUUUGUCAAAGUCUAUCUUUGACCAGGUUGUGGAGGAGGGUGUGUUUGAGCUCGACGUGUUCACUUAUACCACCAUGAUUAGGGGCUUUUGCAAAAUUGGCAUGGUCCACAGUGCACUCAAGGUGUUCGUGAAAUGUUUUGUGCGCCCAAUUCGGUUACUUACAACACUUUGAUUCACGGGUUUUGCAAGAACGGUGAUAUGGAGGGUGCCAAGAGGGUUUUUGAUAGAAUGGUGGAAGUAAGGGGUCAGAGUUGCAAGCCGGAUGUGGUGACUUAUACUACUUUGAUUGAUUGAUAUUCAAAGAAAGGUGAGUUACGCGAAGCUUUGGAGUGUAUGGAGAUGGUAAAACAGGGUUGUCAUCCAAAUGUCUUGACUUACAAUACGUUGAUUGAAGGCCUUUGCUUGGGUGGGAAUGUGGGCGAGGCCAUGAAGAUGAUGACUAGGAUGUGAUUGAAUGGUUUAAAAGACAAUGUUACCACAAACACCAGCAUCAUGAAGGGUUUUUGCAUUGUGGGGAGGUCUGAAGAAGCUAUCAUACAUCUGAAGGAAAUGGACGUCGUUUUAGUCCUCUCUAAUGGCAAGGAUGGACGGAAAUUAUUUUAGGGACUACUAUGAGUCCUGGAGGACAAUUUUGGGACGAAUUUGCGUAAUUAUUAACUUCAAGGAUCACUUUGAGGCUCGAGUGCAAGUUCAGAAACUACUUUGAGAUUUAACUCCUUAAAUGCUGCUCGUAUAAGAUGUGAAAGAUCCCUAAUUUUGAACCUCUCUCUCAAACGGCAGCGCGACACUCUCAUCUACCCCUCCCUCUCUCCAACCACGCUCUGGCCCUCCCCCCUGUUUCCGUCGCCAACACCAACCAUGCCGUCGCCAUCGUCUGUCGCCGAAGUCUGAAUGUCUCCCGUGCAAGCUUCGCCGUCGCCUUCCCGUUGUUUCCGUGAGCCACCGUCGCUGAAGGUCUCCCGUGCGGAAGGCCUCCCAUCAACCAGCGCCGUCGCCAUCCUUUCCCUUCGCCGUGGAAGGUCUCCCGUCUCCCUUGCGUCGCUGAACCUGUUCUCGCCGGCAGAGACCUUCCAGCAGUUUAAUACAUUUGAUAAGCGACAGUUGCAGAUUAACUUUCAUUUGUUUUCAACUUGACAAGGUCUUUUCCAAGCUCUAUCUGAUUGAUAAAUGAAGCACAUUGUGAAGAUUUUCUCAUUGGUGGUGGCCAUCACUGCAUUAUGGAUUGGCCUCUUACAAUCAUCUGUAAUUCCACGUAGUCAUACUUGGCUGCUACCAGUCUAUUUUGUUGUGUCUUUAGGAUGUUAUGGUCUGUUAAUGGUUGGAGUUGGUCUAAUGAAUUUCCCAACUUGUCCUCAAGAAGCUCUGCUGUUGCAAAAGGACAUUGUGGAGGCCAAGGAAUAUCUGAAGCAAAGAGGAGUUGAUGUUAGCUCUAGCUGAAUAAUAAUUUGUUGAUUCAGAAUUAGCUGCUAACAAUUACUUAAUGGGAGUAGCAAAGAAUUUUGUCAAACAAUGUACUCAAAUACUAAAGCGGGAAAUGUUUGGAUUAGCACUACUGUACAUGGAAUUCUUUUUACUUCGAUAAACUUUUCUUUUCUUUUUAUCUUUUUUGUAAUUAAAUUUUGAAUCCUGACUAUGUUUAUGAAAAUGUUUCUUGACAGUA